CGGCUGAUGUGGACCGAGGACGAGGCGCGCCCGCCUUGCAUAGAGCGCAUGGAGUUGUUGUUCAUCCAGGCUUGGCGAACCAACGUGGAGGGAGAACUCCUCGCGUUUCUGUUCGGUACAGAACGGCCCGAACAUCACGAACUGAUGGCGCAAGAGCUCGCGAUCCCUGUAGCGCAGCUGGCGGACGAUCUCCCUCUCGACAUCAUCUCGCAAGACGACGAGCACCCGAUUCCUCAUGUACUUUCUCGCCCGUUGACGCCGUAUCUCCAGUGGUCGGCUUGUGUGGAGGGAACCGUAGAGCGCAUCCCGCCGUCGCAACAGCAGUAUUUGGAUCCCCGGACGGUUUGUGAUCCUUCCUUCUUCAGGCAUCCAACGGCAGAGCAGCUUGCUGCCAUUCGAGAGGAAGAAGAGGAAGAAGAAAGCACUGAGAGUGACGAAGGAGAAGACGAGCGGGAAGAAAGUGGGAAAAGCGACGAAGUACUCGGGGAAGAGGACGAAACCCCCGAAGAAGGAAGCUAUAGCGAGCAUAGCGAGGGGGAGCAGAGCGAAGAAGAAGAAGAAGACAACGAAGGAGAAGAGGAGAAUGAAGAAGGACCUGUGGAAUCGGAGUGGGAAGCUGUGCCGGAAGAAGCGCUGCGCGCGGGCACGGAGGCUGAAGAUCCGGAGGCGGCCCGCAAAAGAGAAGAAACCGCGGCCAGGAAGAGGGAACUAGAGUUUGCAAGCGGGGCAAGCUUGCACGUCCACGACGACCCAAACCAAGAUCCGGAGCCGCCCUGACCAAAACAUGGCGACCUCACAGCCACGACUCCGACCCCAUCAACGCGG